UCCAGGCGCCACCGCCUCCAUCUUGCGGGGGCCGCGGCCCGGAGCCCUCUGCGGGGCGGUGCGGGGCUCGGGGCGGGGCUCGGGGGCUCCCGUAGAGCCGUGAGGGGCCUGGGGCCUGUACAGGUUUAGGAGGGGGGCGGGGGCAGCGGGGCCUGGGGGUGCCAUACGGGGCCUUAGGAGGCCCUGUAGGGCCUUAGGAGGGCGUGGGGGUAGCUGUAGGUCCUGGGGGGUGCCUAUAGGUUCUUAACAGAACCUGCGUGGUACCUAUAGGGCCUCUUAGGGUGCCUGUAGGGCCGUAGGAGGGCCUGGGGGUGCCUGUAGGGCCUUGGGAGUGCCUGUAAGGCCUUAGGAGGGCUUGGGGGAGCCUAUAGGGCCUAGAGGAGUCUACAGGGCUUUAGGAGGGCCUGGGGUUGCCUGUAGAGCCUUUGGGGUACAUAUAGGGCCUAGGGGUGCUUAUAGGACCAUAGGAGUCCCUGUAGAGCCUGGGGGUGUGCAAAGCGUGCAGCCCUUCAAGGGGUGUUUGUAGGGCCUGGGAGGGGUCCCCGAGACUGCAGCCCUUUGGGGGGUUACCCAGAGGGUACAGCCCUUCGGGCGGUGCCUAUAGGGCCUUGGGGGAUCCCCAGGAGGUGCAGCAGUGCCUAUAGGGUCUGGGGGGGGGGUUCUCUGCAGGGUGCAGGCCUUAGGGGAGAGGGGCUGCGGGGGGCUGAGGCCGUUUGGGGGUGUCUGCGGGUGCAGCCGCUUUGGAGGGGGCUGAAGGCUUCGGGGGAGGUCCUCCACAUUGGGCACCCCAGGGGAGGGCACCCAGAGGUCCCCAUAAGGAGGGGAGGGAGCGGUGGUGCAGAGCCCCUCGAGGAGCCCCAGGCUGCGCUCCCUGCAGGGGGGUGACGCACCAGGGGACCCUGCCCGUCCCUCCCGCGCUGGGGACGUGGCCCCGGGCCCUGCGGGGGGAGCAUGGCCUGGGCGCUGAAGCUGCCGCUGGCAGACGAGGUGAUCGAGUCAGGGCUGGUGCAGGACUUCGAUGCCAGCCUGUCAGGCAUUGGGCAGGAGCUGGGAGCGGGAGCCUACAGCAUGAGCGGGUGGUGUUCCACGACCGGCGGCUGCAGUACACGGAGCACCAGCAGCUGGAGGGCUGGCGCUGGAACCGGCCUGGGGACAGGAUCCUGGACAUAGAUAUCCCGAUGUCCGUGGGCAUCAUUGAUCCCAGAGCCAAUCCCACUCAGCUCAACACCGUGGAGUUCCUGUGGGACCCUUCAAAGAGGACGUCGGUGUUCAUCCAGGUGCACUGCAUCAGCACCGAGUUCACCAUGCGGAAGCACGGCGGGGAGAAGGGAGUGCCCUUCCGGGUGCAGAUCGACACCUUCAAAGAGAACGAGAACGGGGAGUACACGGAGCACCUGCACUCAGCCAGCUGCCAGAUCAAGGUGUUCAAGCCCAAAGGAGCUGAUCGGAAGCAGAAGACAGACCGUGAGAAGAUGGAGAAGCGCACCCCGCACGAGAAGGAGAAGUACCAGCCCUCCUACGAGACCACCAUCCUCACCGAGUGCUCUCCCUGGCCAGAGAUCACCUACGUCAACAACGCGCCGUCCCCCGGCUUCAACAGCUCCCACAGCAGCUUCUCCAUCGGGGAAGGGAAUGGGUCUCCAAACCACCAGCCUGAGCCCCCCCCUCCGAUCGCAGAUAACCUCCUGCCCACCAGCACGCCCCAGGAGGCCCAGCAAUGGCUGCACCGGAACCGCUUCUCCACGUUCUCCCGUCUGUUCCGGAACUUCUCAGGCGCAGACUUGCUGAAGCUGACCAGGGAAGAUGUCAUCCAGAUCUGCGGCCCCGCAGAUGGCAUCAGGCUCUUCAACGCGCUGAAGGGACGGAUGGUGCGGCCCCGGCUGACCAUCUAUGUGUGCCAGGAGUCCCAGCAGCUGCAGGAGCUGCAGCAGAAGCACGAGGAUGGUGAUGCUGUCACCAGCACCUUCUUCGUGUACCACGCCAUCUAUCUGGAGGAGCUGACAGCGGUGGAGCUGACGGAGAAGCUGGCUCAGCUCUUCAGCAUCUCCUCGCAGCAGAUCAGCCAGAUUUACAAGCAGGGUCCGACGGGGAUACACGUGCUGAUCAGCGACGAGAUGAUUCAGAACUUCCAGGACGAGUCCUGCUUUGUUCUGGACACCAUGAAAGCCGAAACCAACGACAGCUACCACAUCAUCCUGAAGUAGCAGGGGGCGGGAUGGGGAGCAGCCCCAGCUCCUCUCAUCGCACGUGAAGCCCCCUCCCUUCCAGCACCAGGACACGAGAGCAGAGAUGCGGAGGCUCCCGUUCACCUUCUCAAAGCCCCGGAGCUGUUGGUUCUCAGCCCUUUCCUCGGCCCCCCCUCGCCCUCACAGCGUGCCAGCACCGGUGUCGCGCUCUCACGCAGCGAUGGGCACAGUUCACCCCGGGGACCUCGGAGCCGCGCGAGGGUUUUUCCGUUGCUCUGUUCUUCUGGGAGGCAGCAGCUCCUGUGACACUGAGACUGGGGAGGGGACGUGGACGAAACCAGCCCGGCGCUCCCAGCUGGCCCCGUGGAGCUGAGCGGGCCUCGAACGCACGCAGGGAGCGGUAGGAGAGGGCUGGGAGGGAUUUUCGUCAGGAUUUCGGUGCGCUGUCGUGUUUCAUGGAAGUUUAUGUGUUAGGCUUUCUCUCCUUUCCUCCGCCGUGGAGGUGCUGUGCUGCCGUCCCCGAGUUGGAAGGGACCCACAAGGAUCGAGCCCAGCUCCACACGGGAGUUCCCAGAAGCAGCUGCUCCUCGCGCUCCUUGCCCUCCCCCGUCAGCGUUCGUUGGCACAGAUGAGAAAAGCUGGAGCAGAAUGCGGGGUGAAAUGAAGCUGGAGAGAGGAGCAGCUGACGUGGUUGGUCUGGGGGAUUCUUCUCCGCACGUUUUCAUGGUUUCAAGUGAAAGAAAGAUUCAGACAUCUUGGUUGGAAGUUUGAAGCUUGGUUGAAGUUUGUAUCUGCGUGCUGAGCUGUUUGCUGCCGCUGCGUCCUGCUGACCCGGCUCUGCAGGUGGAGGUGGGGAGGAGUGAGCUGAGUUCAAGGGAGGCCCAGCUCAAUAACGGGAGGCUGAGCUCAGCUCCAGGGGAGGCUCGACAGGAGCCAGCUCAGCUCGGUGUGUGACUCAGCUCAGUGGGAAACUCAGUGGGAGACUCAGCUCGGCUCAAUGGGAGACUUCAAUGGGAGACUCAGCUCAGCUCAACUCAAUGGGAGUCUUCAAUGGGAGACCCAGCUCAAUUCAGUGGGAGACUCGAUGGGAAACUCGGCUCAACGGGAAAUUCAAUGAGAGACUCAGCUCAACUCAACGGGAGACUCAAAUGGGAACUCAACUGGAGGCUCCAAGGGACUCAGCUCCAUGGGAGACUCAUCUCAUGUCAACGGGAGGCUCGGCUCAUCUCGGCUCAGUGGGAGACCCUUGGGAAAGGAGAACCGGAGCCGCCUCCAUCACGCAAGGAGCUGGGUGCUGCCUUGUGUGCGUGGUUUGGUACCUCGGGGUGGAAGGGGGGGGCAGGGUUGUGUUUUAACGCCGUUCUGUAACGGAGCCGUACGGCAGCGGUAAAGUUUUGUACGGACACGA